AUGUCUACUGCCAGAAAAAAAGUUUUUCCUGCUGAUGAAGUGAGAGGAUGUAAAACAACAGAACAACUAAUAGAGUUUUUGGGCAAACAAAAACAAAACUUAGGACUUAAGGAUAAGCAUCUCGAUUUUCUUCGUGAACAAGAAUUUAAAGGCGAAACCUUUCUCAACUUGAGUAUUAAAGAACUCAUCGAUAUUGGGUUAAAAGGAGAACCGGCUAAAACGAUUAUUAAGUCAAUUAAUAAAAUUAAGAACAAGAAUCAGGCUGAUUCUGGUGUAGUCGAAUUUUGGAAAAAUCUCCUUGACACAAGAAUAAUCUUCCCGAUACCACAAGAUUUUGAGGAUGCUGAAUUAAAAGCUCUGGAUUCUUACUUUAUGAUUAAAGUAAUCAGAAUUGCCUAA